CUCUCGUCUCUCAGUCCCAGGCUCUCAGCGCGCAUCCUCCUCAGCUGCAGGCCUUCUCUACGACCCUCCAUUGCUCUAUCGCACCUCGCCGCCGCUAAACACUCUGCCAAGAUGUCGACCCGCGUACCGCUGAUCUUUGGCACUAUGACCAUGGGGGAAGCUGGCAAGAACGGCGUCCGCACAUCCGAUCCAGGCGAGUGUCAGGAGAUCGUCGACAUGUACGCCGAAGGGACGACGGAGUCUGUGCCUGCUACCCAAUUGAAGCUCCCGAGCGACGUCACGGUCGACACCAAAGUUUUCCCAGUCAACCCCGGCGAUCACUCGCCUGAGAAGCUCCGCGCGAUAUUCCAAACAUCCCUCAAGCUCCUUACGCCUCUCAAGGCCCGCGUGCUCUACCUACACGCCCCCGACCGCAGUGUCCCCUUCGAGGAGACACUGCACGAAGUGAAUGAGCUCUACAAGCAGGGCCUAUUCCAGAUCUUUGGUCUCAGUAACUACGCAAGCUGGGAGGUCGCUGAGAUCGUCAGUAUCUGCAAGGCCAAGGGCUAUGUCCAGCCUAAGAUAUAUCAGGCGAUGUACAACGCCGUCACGCGCGAGAUGGAAGCCGAGCUCGUUCCCUGCUGCCGCAAGUUCGGCCUGCGCAUCGUCAUCUACAACCCCCUCGCCGGUGGCCUCUUCGCAGGCAAGGUAGCCGCGCCCGACGCGGACGCCCCGAAAGGCGGGCGGUUCGAUCCGAGCAGCAAGAUGGGCGCGAUGUACCGCGCGCGGUACCUCAAAGGCGGGUACUUCGAGGCCCUGAACUACCUCAAGCCCAUCGCGGAGAAGCACAACCUCCGCCUGACGGAGAUCGCGCUCCGGUGGUGCCAGCACCACUCCGCGCUGACGCCCGCGGACGGCUGCGCGCAGCUCGAGCAGAACUGUGCGGACUCGGAGAAGGGCCCGCUCCCCGAGGAGGUCCUCAAGGCGCUUGACCAGGCGAAGCUCAUCGUCGGAUCGGAGGCGCCGACGUACUGGCGGUAAGGGUCGCGGGAGUGCUGUCGGAGGCCUGGAAAGAAGAAAGGAAGGAAUAGUGAGUGCCAAGUGGAGUGUAUGAGUACGGACAUGUGCGUUAGGUCUCGAUGACGAGGUACAUGUCGUAGGUUAUCUUAUGCCCAUGGUCGAGUGUACCUUAGGCUCCAUGACUGCAAUAGUCAGAAGGAAGCUACUCAGUCCGGAAGAGACGAUUGACUGC